AGUAUCUGCUACUGAAAGGAUGUGAAAGCUCAGUGUUGUGAAUAUAGAUUUGAUAGCAAAUAAAAUCUAGUUGUAGGAAUAAGACGUCGUAAACUUACAUAGAGUUCUUACCAAAAAGAGUGCUGUUCUGUUUUGUUCAAUUGUAGCACAUUGGGAGUAGUGGGAAGUGCCGGGCUGUAUGUGAUGCUAAUGGAGAUUCUGUUAUUGAGCAAGAAAAAGGGGAGUACACGGAAAUAUUGUAUGCUAUAGUUGUGCUGGGGAUCAGAACUUGGUGGUUGUGGUUGAUAGUGCUCGUCAGAGUAGGAUUUUGGAAUGAAGAAGGCAAUAACACCAUCUACCUAUUUGCGUAACCUUAGUUUUGGGAAGGUUAGGCAGCUGGCUGAUUUUCUUGAUCAUCAGGAGGCAUGGAAAAUGAUUGCUGUGGACAUAAUGAAACCUUCUGGUGAACCCAGAUAUACACAGUUUCAUAUACGGAGGUUUGAAGGGUCCAUUCAGAUGGGAAAGAGUCCGACGUGUGAGCUGAUUUGUGACUGGGGAACCACAAACUCUACUGUUCAAGAUCUUGUGGACUUACUUGUAAAGCAUCAAUACUUAGCUGCUGCAUCAGUUCUGCUUCCUGGUGAAUUUAUGACACCAUCCACUCAUUCACAUCCAACAAUGCCUAUCGACAGAAUUGCAUUUCCAGAGACCUCAACAAAUAUGAAACUGGAGCAAAUCCAUCUAUCGUCUGAAGAUACAAAUCAAGUUAAAAAAGACAAUGCCACAGGUUUUGACACAUAUACAUUUCAUGAGCUGGUGAAAAUUACAAGUAAUUUUGAUGACCGACCUCUGUCUGCUGGAGGAAAUAAAGUGGGAGAGGGAGGAUUUGGCGUUGUUUACCUGGGAAAACUAAACAGCAAACUCGUGGCAGUGAAAAAACUGACAGCUAUGGUUGAUGUUAGUAUCCAGGAUUUAAAAGAGCAGUUUGAUCAAGAAAUUCAAACAAUGGCCAGAUGCAAGCAUGAAAACCUUGUUGAACUUCUUGGUUUCUCAAAUGAUGGUGAACAGUAUUGUUUAAUUUAUUUGUUUAUGUCAAAUGGUUCCCUACUGGACAGAUUAGCUUGUUUGAAUGGAACACAUCCAUUGUCGUGGCAUACAAGAUGUAACAUUGCAGUGGGAACAGCAAAUGGUAUCAAAUAUUUACAUGAAAAUGAACAUGUUCACAGAGAUAUUAAAAGUGCAAAUAUCCUCUUAGACGACAAUUUUGUUCCAAAGGUCACUGACUUUGGGCUUGCAAGGGCCACUGACAAGUUAUCACGGACUGUGAUGACUGAAAGGAUUGUGGGUACUACUGCAUACAUGGCUCCAGAAGCCCUCCGCGGAGAAGUCACUAUAAAGUCUGAUAUUUUUAGCCUUGGUGUGGUAUUCCUUGAGAUUAUUUCUGGGCUUCCACCAGUUGAUGAGGACCGAGAUCCAGCACUACUUCUUGAAAUUAAAGAUGAAAUUGAGGAAGAGGAAAAGACUUUGCAAGAAUAUGUUGACAAAAAAAUGGGAGAUGUAGAUCCAGAUACACUAGAAACAAUGUACACCUUAGCAAGUCAGUGUUUACAUCAAAUGAAGAACAAGAGACCAAACAUUACAACGGUUCAGCAAACUCUGGUGAAAAUAAAAUCUGCUUUAAUUCCUGAUAGUCAAUGAUGUUACAACUUCAACUUAAGUUAUGUUGACACAUACUAAUUUAAUUAUGGUCACCCAGUUUGCAGUGAUGGGCACAUACUGUAUAUACUGCUCACAAAAGCCAUACUGAAAAUAUAAAGAUAAAAAUAAAGUAAAGAUAUUGGUUUGUGUACAAACAUUUACACAUCAGUUACGGUAAAGUACUUAUCACAGCAAAACCCUCUACCCCCACCACCACUAUUGCCCCUUUAGCAAUGGCAUUCUGGAAAUAUAAUGUAGAAUGUUACUCAAAUUAUUUACUUUUGAUCAAAAUACAGCGUGAGGAGGGUUGAUAUUUUAACUGAGGUUCCAUAUCUGGUCUUCUGCUUUGUAAAAAUGGGACAUAUGUAUUCACAUAAUUGUUUGCAGGUUCCUGCACACAUAGAUUUAUAUGCCAGAGGAUCAGCAGGGCGCCUUCCUUGAACCCCUCAAGCAGAGGCAAAGAAAACUUAAAUUAUGCUUACCUGAUAAUUUUCUUUUCUUCUGAACGGGGAGAGUCCACAGUUGCAUUCAUUACUUUUGGGAAUACUGAACCUGGACACCAGGAGGAGGCAAAGACACACCAGCCAAAGUCUUAAAUACCUCCCCCACUUUCCUCAUCCCCCAGUCAUUCUGCCAAGGGAACAAGGAACAGCAUGAGAAAUAUCAGGGUGAAAAAAAGGUGCCAGAAGAACGAAGAAAAAAGAAUUUAAAGCCGUCCACAGAAAAAACGUGCGGGAGCUGUGGCCUCUCCCCGUUCAGAAGAAAAGAAAAUUAUCAGGUAAGCAUAAUUUAAGUUUUUCUUCUUAAAAUGGGGAGAGUCCACAGCUGCAUUAAUUACUUUUGGCUUAUAGAGGACACUAAAUACAAACGGGCGGCCCAAUCUGAGUGCACCACAGCCUGACACAACCCGGAUACCUGAUAAAAAAACUACUUCAACAGAAGCAGGAAGAACAAAAAUAUGGAAAGAGAACAAGGUAACUGCCCAUCAGUUAAAACCAUAAGGAUCCCAGUUAAACAUCACUCAAAAUUCUGGACUCUACUUGAGCACCAUAGCCUCUGAGGAGACCAAAGUUCCAAUCCCUAGUAGCAUACAAUUAAAAAUCUCUCCAUGAACAACGGCAAGGGGAACAACAAAUCAAGUCCUACACCACAUUCUCCCUAACUGAAGAAGGGAAGAAUCAGACGGAAAAAAAGAACCUCCAGAAUCAAUCUCGAAUAUUCAAAGACAAAACAGAGAGAGAAGCCCCUAGCAUAACUCGAUAAAAAAAGAGCUACAAGUCCCGUACGGAGGAGAGCAAAGAAAGGGAAAAUUCCAGAUCACCUCCUACACGGAUCCAAAAGGAACCAAUGUAAAGCCUUAACCAGAACCGAAGUCCCAGAAGGACAAAAGGUAGAACAAGACUACCUUACCAUAUCAGCUAACUAGCGCAGAGAAAACUGAACACCCGUAGGUCAGAAAAAAACCCCGGGAGCAGAACAGGAACGGAAUAGUAACAUCCGUUUACUCCACAAAAACGAAAGCUGCAGGCCUCCAUCGAUAGGCAGUCAGACUAAUUUUCAAACCAUUGGAACUAGCCACCAAGUAGCUAGCAAACUUGCACCAGGGCAUUUCUUGAAGGAACAAGAGAAAAAAACUCAGAAAGCAGGGGGGACCAACUCCCCCCCCCUGCAAGAAAACGGGAUAAGGGAGGACAACACCCUGACCAUAAGGAAGAACCGACUACCGCUAAGAGAAGGUUCCCGAACUCACUGCAAGGUCUCCCAACCCAAGGAAGGAUCCUUCGGGAGACAAAAUACCUGGUCGAUGUCCAAACAGAGCAGUCAGAAAUCCUGACCCCUACUCCGAACGAACAGUCCUAUCACAGAAGCAGCUGUCAAUAUCCCAAAGGACAAAGAGAUUAAAAAGAAUCCCCCGCAUCGACAAGGCUCAGAGAUCAGACAACGAAUCUCUAACCACGAGUAUCUCAGAAAAAAAAAACCAGGAAGGAGGCACCGAAAAAUCGGAGGAAUAGGUGGGAAUAAUUGCCCCCUUCACCAGGUACUGGAGAUUUCAAUGCAGGAAACUACAACAUACUGCCAUAGCAGAAUUCUUUACCCCAGCAAACCACGUAAGUAAGGCAGGGAACAUCGGGCGCCCCACCAAGUUGAUAUAAAGUAGGACCAUCUGAUAUCAAGGAUAGAAGGGCCCCAAUAACUUGUAGUAAACAAGAAACAAAAUAACCUCGGAACUAGAGGAAAGCAAACUUAGUACCCAAAACAGAGCCAGCCUGUUGUCAAGGAUACAACAUGUCUGAUAUAACCUCAGCGAACAGAGUGAACCAGUACCCAACCAGGACCAGCCUGCUGACUAGGGUACAAACAAACUGUUCAAGGGUUAACCAAAAGUUUGAAAUCUUAACAGGUCUCGAAUAAACAACAGACAAACAGCAGCCAAUAAAAGCUCUAAGGCUCAAACCUUGUCUUCUUAACCUUUUUAUUUAAUUAUUGCUUUAUUCGACAACCAUCGCGACCAUACAUUGCUAGUAUCAAAAUCCCAGAAAGAAAAGUUUCCGUAAAGGAAAGAUACAAACAGUCUCAAGCUCUGGAAUUAAAAUAAACACAUCCUAACCGGAUCAAAAGAAGUAAGGCCGCACCCACAGGUGAAUGCCAAGAAAAGGAAUAGAAAAACUAACAGGGCCAGCCUGUCAGAGACCUGAUUCCUAAAAACUCAUAACUGGGAAUAGAUACACAACAAAGACAAUUAGGAGUAUGAUCCACAUUCCUCCACUCGUCUAGCGCUGUUCGCCAUCAGAAUCAGAAUAUUGAGGAUCCGGUGGCAAAUGAAGACUGAAGUCCUCCAGGACCUGCCUCAGCAGUACACGCAGGCACGUCAGACUGAUUCUAAAGGCAAAACUCAUCCUCGGCGGUGCAUCGGAGGGCUCUGAUCCCGACUGCCGUACCCCUGAAGCCUCAGAGGGAACCGCUCCCCCAAAGGAAAGGCCCAUCUCACCUGGCGCCCCCAGUAAAAGAGGGCACGGAUAAGCUCUACGCUAGCCAUCAAGAAGCUGUAAAUGCGCCAACGCCACCAAUAUGGCUAUGCGCAACCGAGCAGCAUCCUCUGGUGGAAAGAAACCUCCUUCCGGAGAAGGGGUAACAGCAUUUGGGACAACUGCCUGUGUAGGAACAGAAAAGAAACAGGCAACACACCUCAUGGAACACAGAAUCCUCAGAGGCUGACGGCUUAGUGGUCUCAAAUCUUGCCCCAGAGGGAGAGAAGAGCACUCUAUUACGGCACACGGAACAUAAAUGAUUGGGCUGGAUUACCCGGGCCUCCGUGCAAUCUAAGCAGGGAACAGAAUCUGAAUCCGAGAAAUCCUCUUCAGAAAAAUCAGAAUCCCCCAUAACUUGACCAGGAAAAUUUGGACAAAGACAACUGGCACCUCACACCCCCAAUGGCUGGGGCACUCACCACCUCCUAUGACCCAGACAAGUAGAGAACAGACCCUCUCCACCGACACUCGGGCAAAAAUACGGAAAUGGAAAACAAAACAUGACCACUCCCGGUCACGAGGUGCAACCCACAGGCCAAGGAAAAGCACGCCAGUCCUAUCCAAAACUGCAUAGCUGUAAAAUCCUAUAUGUUCCGUAAAAGCCAUGCGCCAACAUCACUACACAUACGCAGACAGAAUCACAUAACAAACAUGAUUAAAGUCCCCCACUGUUCAAUAACCCCCCUCAGGAGAUAUUAACCCUAGAUUCCAUAAAGAUAAAGGAGUCCCACUGAGACCCUGUGUUCUAUCAUUGCAUUGUAUUCCCACAGAAAAAGGAAAAUGAAACGAUCUUACCGGAAUCUAUGCCGUGGAACAGUAACACGGUCCUUCAAGUUUGACAGAUAAUAGCGUCACUUCUGACAUGGACUUGAGUGAAGAAAGCAGGCAGCCAAACUCGUCAACACCGAUUGCUUAUUGAGCUGUUAAUACGAGUCGGGAUGGCUUCACAGAAAGACUCUCCCUGCAUCUCUGGACUCUAACUUUCAUCCAUGCUCUCACUGAGAGGCUGACAGGACUACUUAAAACUCCCGUCCCAUCUCGAAGAGUACUGCUCCGUAAUCUUCUGUCACUUUUCUGCCAACCUUCUGUGACGAAAGGCAAAGAAUGACUGGGGGAUGAGGGAAGUGGGGGGGGUAUUUAAGCCUUUGGGUGGGGUGUCUUUGCCUCCUCCUGGUGGCCAGGUUCAGUAUUCCCAAAAGUAAUGAAUGCAAGCUGUGGACUCUCCCCACUUUAAGAAGAAAAUAGUGUAGAUGGCAGAGUAACAGUACAUUAGGCUUUACCCACAGCAGCUUGGGUAAUGUCCGUUUUACCCAGGUAAUCCUAGGAUUACCCGGAUUUCUUACAUUACCCAUAACACACACACACACACAUAUAUAUAAAAUCAAGCAUGUUAAACAUUUUUUUUACCUUUGUAUUAUAGUGUGCAAAAUACAUUUCUUCUAUUUUAAUCAAAAAUAUAACUUUAAAUUUGUCUAACCACUCUUUUAAGUGUUAUGUUAUAAAUGGGUCAGGAUCAACUCUUUGUUACAGAAUGAUUCAGUCUACACCAAUAGUGCCACAGUGUUUUGUUUUUUUCCCUCUUUCUGGGCCGCUGAACUUUUUUUUUUGGACAUUAUAAUAAAAAGGACAGUAUACUGUGAUUUACAUACUAUUAUAUUUGUAAUAAUAUAAGGGCUCAAAAUUCCCAUUUUCUCACUCGCCCUGGGCGAGUAAAAAUUGAACUGGAAUCAAUAGAAGGGAGAUAAAUGCUGAAUAUAAACUGUGCAAAAUGACCAGUAAAUUUAUAUAUUUGUAAUAGUUCUAUUAACCCUUUCAUGACAGAGGCAAUUGUCCAAGUUCUGAACGUAAACAAAACCUUGAAUUUCAGCUAUAUGUCUUUUCAACCAUAGUUUACCCCUUUCACAUUAAGUGCACCCACACUAAUUAUAUAUUGUUUUUUAGAGGACAGAUAGGGCUUUCUUUUGGCAUCUAAUAUUUAUUUCUAAACUAUAAUUUUAUAUGAAAAUAAUCUAAGUGUGAGAAAUUAAGAAAUUGUAAGUUUUCCAAACGAUUUUAUUGUGAAUAUCAUCACCUUGAUAUAUAUUACUGCAAUAAAACACCCAUACUUGUGUUCAGCGAUGUCCCAUGAGUAUAACGAUAACCCCCAUGUACAGGUUUUCUGAGAUUUCUGGAAUUUACAAGGCCCAUUUACAUAGAAAUCUGGCACAUUCAUUUUCUGGGCUUAAGUCGCCAUUCAUACAUUAUAGCAGCCCAGGAAUGAAAAUUACCCCAUCAUGGCAUACCAUUUACAAAAGUAGACACCCCAGGGUAUUCCAAAAGGGCCAUGUCACGUCUUUUUGUGAAGCCCCUUAGUCACAACAUCUGGCCAAAUGUAUUGGUCAUUUUUGUUGUAUGCAGGUUUUUUUACACAAACACUGCACUUUGGCUGUUUCUGCCAUCAACCUUUUAUGUUUUGCUGCUUUAAAACACACAUAUUUGUGUUUGUCAAUGUCCUAUGAGUACAACAGUACACCCAUGUAUAGGUUUUAUGGGGUUUACAGAAGUUACAGGGCCAAAUAUAGUGUCAGCCCAUUUACAUGGAAAUUUGGCACAUUCAUUUUCUGGGCCUAUGUCCUCUUUGAGACAUUAUAGCAGACCAGGAAUGAAAAUUACCCCAUCAUGGCAUACCAUUUACAAAAGUAGACACCCCAGGGUAUUCCAAAAAGGCCAUGUCACAACACCUGGCCAAAUGUAUUGGUCAUUUUUGUUGUAUGCGUUUUUUACACAAACACUGCACUUUGGCUGUUUCUGUCAUCAAACCUUUAUGUUUUGCUGCUAUAAAACACACAUAUUUGUGUUUGUCAAUGUUCUACGAGUACAACAGUACCCCAUAUGUACAGGUUUUAUGGGGUUUACAGACAUUACAGGGCCAAAUAUAAGGUCUGCCCAUUUAAAUGGAAAUUUGGCACAUUCAAUUUCUGGGCCUAUGUCCUCUUUGAGACAUUAUAGCAGCCCAGGGAUGAAAAUUACCCCAUCAUGGCAUACCAUUUGCAAAAGUAGACAUCCCAGGGUAUUGAAAAAGGACUAUGUUUAGUCUUUUUUGUAGCCACUUAGUUACAACAUCUGGCCAAAUGUAAUGUUCAUAUAUAUAUGUUUAUAUCACCCUUCUAUGUUUUACUGUUAUAAUACACCCAUAUUUGUGUUCAGUGAUGUCCCAGGAGUACAACAAUACCCCCCAUGCACAGGUUUUAUGAGGUUUCAGGAAGUUACAGGGCCCAAUAUAGGGUCUGCCAAUUUACAUGGAAAUUUGGCACAUUGAUUUUCUGGACCUAUGUUGCCUUUGAGACAGUAUGGCAGCCCAGGAAUGAAAAUGACCCCCCUCAUGACAUACCAUUUGCAAAAGUGGAUAACUCAGGAUAUUCUAAAAAGAGUAUCUUAGUUGUUUUGUAUAACUUAUAAUGGCCUUAACAUAUAAAGGGGCAGGACAAGGUCAGGGGAUUUAUGAAGUUAGGAAUACAGCAUAAUAAAAUAAAAUAAAUUAGGAACACAUACAGGUUGCUUUUAAAUUAAAAGUGUAACUCUGUGUGAUAAAUUCGAAAGCAAUUAGUGAUACAGAGGCCAGGUAGAGAGGGGCAGUCAGGGAAAUGGUAACUAGAAUCCCUCCUCCCUCCUUUUUUAUAGCAGACUCUGCAUCUUUUCUGGGGUGUUAAUUUGCAGGCAGAGGGGGGGAUCCUAGAGGGAAAAUGCCUACCGCAGAGUCACUCAACAUUUUCAGAUUGAACAGUGGGAGGAUUAGGGUUGUGGUUAAACAAAAUAUCAGAUCUUACAUUUAACACAAAUUCCAAAAAAGUAUAAGGUUUCCCUGUGCUUGAUUUUUUGUAGAGCACAUAUGCAUUAUAUACUGCGAUCUGCUUAAUUUAAAAAGCUACUUUUUUGUACCAAGUUCUAGUUUUUCUUUGAAUUAGAUAUGGCUGCAGGCACCGGUCAGCUAAAUCUACCCCCCCCCCCCAUGUUUUUGUUGUUGUCCACAAUGCACUUUGGCUUUAGGAUCUGUGCAGAUCUUCCCUUCACAGAAACUGGCACUGUUGCUUCAUUGUGCAUUGUGGAGAGCAUGUACACAUCUUUUUUAUCAGUGUACCGAAGGGCCAGUAGUUCAUUGUGGCGUAAAGCCCCUACUUUUUUUUUUUUCCAUACGUCAGCUUCUGGGGGAAACCUUGCGAUUUUUUUCUUGUUGUGCCACAGGACACGGUUUCAAAAUAAAAUUAAAAAUGUAAUAGCUCUGUGCUGGUGUAAAAAUUAUCGAGCCACAAAUGGUACCCUUUAUUUAGUAGGAGAUCCCACACAAUUUUCCCACUUGUGCCAACUGAAUCUGGGCAGCCAGGUGGAUCCAAGUGGCUAUCUUUUUCCUGGUAGAUGCGAUAUGCCCAGGUAUACCCAGUACUGCAUUCACAGAGUUUAUAAAAUUUUACCCCAUAGCGGGACCUCUUGGAUGGUAUAUAUUGCUUGAAAAGCAAUCUUCCCUUAAAUUUCAUGAGGGACUCAUCAAUGCAAAUGUCCUGCUCAAGGAUGUAAACGUCUUUAAAUUUUUGGGACAGGUGGCUUAUCAGGGGCCUUAGUUUACAUAACCUGUCAUGCAGGGGGGGCACUGGGUAUUAUCAUUAAAAUUGAGAAACCGCAAUAACUGUUCAUAUCUGUCACUCUUCUUUACGCCUGGAAAAAGAGGGGUAGCCAGGAUAGGGUUCUGGCUCCAGUAUGAACGUAUGCUGGGUUUCUUCACAAUCCCCAUUAUUCAUGUCAGGGCCAAAAACGUUUUAAUCUCCGGUAUGUCAGUGGAGUGCCAGGUAUUUUUUCUGACAUACAGAGAUUGGGGAUUUUUUUGACAGAUACUGGCUGGCAUAUAAAUUUGUUUGCAACUAUAUGCUCAAACAUGGUAUCUGUCAGAAUCAGGGAUAUAUAGUUUACUGGCUCACAUACUGGAACAUCAGUUGUGAUACCAGGAGUCUCAGUAAAUUCUGGCAUUUCUGGGGCAAUAAAAUUUGGGGUAGCCAAUUUUGUUCAUUUGUGCAACACCUCCUUUCAGGUGGCCUGCUGGGAGCAACAGCAUUACAUGCAUCACUCAGGGGCUCUAUAUCUGAUGCCGUAAGGGUUGCGCUGUCAGACAUUGCAGAGAGGGUUUCACUCCCUGAAUCUUCAGCAAGAAUGGCAUAAGUAUCUUUUGCUGAAUAGCGUGCCAUAAGGGAUUCUUUUCAAUACAAAUUCCCACUUCACCACCACCAAUUCCCACUUCACCUUCCCCAAAAUCCCACUAAACCACCCCAAUUACCACCCACCCUAUUCCCUCAGAUUUUUUUUUUUUAUAAAAUAAAAAAAGCACUGGGAAGGGUAGUAAUUGUGAACAGCAGGGAAGGGGUUAACAAUAACUAAAGAUCCCCACAAAUAAACUUUUGCACACUGAUCAAAGUCCUAACAGGCUAACCAAAGUUAUAUUAGGCUGAUCACAGUAGCAGCUCUGUGAUCAGCAGCAAAAAAAUAUGUAUUUUGUUUGUAUUUAUAUUUUUUUCUCUCCUCUCUAGCUUUCUACAGCACACACCCCCAGAGACAGAACUUUUUUUCACUUUCUGCAAUGAGAUUUUUUUUUUUAGUGAAAAAUUUUCUGCAGCUCAUUUUCAAAUUUAAUUUUAAAUUAGGCAGUUACACUAAAGCACCAGUUCAAUUGCAACGUGUUAGUUAAAUGGAGAAUAAAGCAAUAUUUAAAGUUUUAUAAUAUAGUGCAGUAGUUGAAAAUUGCAUUGCAAAUUAGAAGUAGUAAUAAAAAAAGGUGCAUUGCUCAUACAAACGUCUUACAUUCAGAAAAAAACAGCUUUGCAGACAGUUAAAUGCUAGGGGAUGGGCUUGAGACAAUAUCUGAGAGCCAGUCAGUCAAUGCUCUACUGCUUUGCAGCGCUACUGCAUAUUUCACUGAUCACUUAAACCAGCACUUUGCUCUGGAUGAACUGUGAUAAGGAAAACUUACACAGACAGAGAACAGAUCUGUUUGAAAAGAACAGCCUAAUGUGGGGCAGCGCUGAAAAGUUAAAUCGCUAAGAAUUCCUGCAAGUAUCCUGUUCUUUCUGCAGACAUGCUGCAUUUUCUGCGAUGACAUCUCAGAUCACUGGAUGUUCUGCCUUGGGGCACACACCAACACUAAACUGUCUUCCUCUCUCUCUCAGAUCGCACUGAGGGAAGAGAGGAAGCGGAUACCCUUGUAACAGCUAAUGAUUCCACUCAUUGGCUGCUACAGUGUUACAGGGGACAAUCGAUACACCCCCCCCCCCCCCAUGCUGAUUGGAUCCUGGGGGAGUGCCUGAGGUGCUAGACACAUCCCCCAACCGGAUCCAGAACUAAAAAAAUAACGGAGGGGUCACAUGAGCUACAAACCGUUAUGACGUUCUAUUCCGUCAUAACGUCUCUAAACCCCAGUGUAAUUAUGACGGAAUAGAACGGCAUAACGGCGUUAAAAGGUUAAGAUGACUUAACUUGUUAUGUUUAAAAUAAAAAAAGAAGACGGCAUAAUAAGGUGUUUUACAAAGGCUAAACAUAUGCAAAGGGAGGGGUGGGGAAGUGGGUGUGGUGUGAACAGGAUCAGAGGUGUAAUUUUGGCAUGGCUAUUUGCUUAGGAUUUGAAAUUUUAAGUCCUGAUAAUUAUCUUUAAAUAAAAUAUCAGCAUUUAAACGA